AUGGCGUCUAUUGGGUCUGGUGGCAUUCUGCCCCCCGCUGGCUCGCGGGCUCGGAGCUCGGAGCAGGCUGGGAAGACUAAGGCGCCCGGAUUUCAGGAUGCGAAGGCUUUGGAGCUCGAGGGGCAGUUUAAGACUAAACAUCUUGGUGUGUUGGGGGUGUUAACUUGGAUACUGUUCCUACACGCUGCUGGCAUUUACUUCUUCACCAAGGGUUUCCUUCUCACGCGCAUGGUCUUGGAGGACAAAUCUUCCUGCAAUGUCCUGCCUUUCGACGACACAAUUGUUUCGCAAUCAAAAGGCAAAGGUUGCUGGCAUGAGAAAUCCUUCGACCAGGCCGUUGUCAUUAUCAUUGACGCUCUUCGCUACGACUUUACUGUGCCGUUUGUCCCAUGGGCAGAGAGCGAAGAAGCAACCCUCUUCCACGAUAAUAUCCCAGUCUUCUACGAGACCGCCGUCAAGAACCCCGCCAAUGCCUUCCUGCUCCCCUUCAUCGCCGACCCGCCGACAACCACUCUGCAGCGUCUGAAGGGAUUGACUACUGGAACUCUGCCCACUUUCAUCGAUGCGGGAUCCAACUUCGCCGGUACUGCUAUCGACGAGGAUAACCUAGUUGCGCAGCUUCACCAUGCUGGGAAGACACUUGUCCAGCUUGGUGAUGAUACCUGGCAGGCUCUGUUCCCAGGCUACUUCCACGAGAACAUGACCCACCCAUUCGACUCUUUCAACGUGUGGGAUUUGCACACCGUUGAUAACGGCGUCAACGAGCACCUGUUUCCUCUCCUUAAGCCCGAGAACCGCUCCAAGUGGGAUGUGAUAUUCGGCCACUACCUUGGUGUAGACCACGCCGGACACCGAUAUGGUCCCAACCACGCUGCCAUGGCCGCCAAGCUGCAGCAAAUGGACCAAGUAAUCCGCGACAUCAUUGCCGCUCUUGACGACGAUACCCUGCUCGUCGUAAUGGGCGACCACGGAAUGGACACCAAGGGCGACCACGGCGGCGAAUCAGACGACGAAGUCGAAGCCGCCCUGUGGAUGUACUCCAAGCGUGGCAUCUUCGGCCGAACUAGCAAGGACACAGUGCUCCCGCCUAAGCACGCGCGCGAACGCCCCGUUCCCCAAAUCGACCUUGUCCCGACACUGUCACUCCUCCUUGGAAUGCCCAUUCCGUUCAAUAACCUGGGUUCUCCUAUCGAGGAAGCAUUUGUCGGAGCUAAAGGAAACGAUUGGGCUAAUUUGGUGGCUGUGAACCAUCUCACCUCGGCGCAGAUCAAGAGAUACCAGCAUCAGUAUGCGAAGGUGCGGGGUGCUGGUGAUGACGAGGAGUCGUUUAAGCUCUGGGAUGCUGCGGAACAGGCAUUCAAAGCUACUUCGAAGGGUUUCUCGUCGAAGUCGAAUGCCGCGAGAGCUAGUUAUGAUCUUUAUCGCAAGUAUCAGCGUCACACUCUAGAUGUUUGCCGUGGUCUUUGGGCGCGUUUCGAUGUGCCUAGUAUGAUUGAGGGUGUGGCGCUCUUGAUUUCCGGUAUUGUGUUGCUGGUGUUGUAUGCCCGUGGUAUGAACUCGGAUCGCACGGAGCUUACGCCUGACCUCCUCUCUCGAGCUGCUGUUGGUGCUGGUUUUGGUGCCGUAGCAGGCGCCGCCUUGGCUUUGACUGGAAUCACUGGGAUGACGGUCAUCGACUUCGCCGUGCUCCUUGCCGCGGCUGGAAGCAUGGUUGGUGGCUUCUUCGCCAUGGUGACGAAGUCGGCCAAUUUGACCAUUCCUGUUCCUAUCGGCAUAUGGGGAUGGCUCGCCUUCUUCUUCACGGUCUCUCAGUCCGUCGGCUUCGCAUCCAACUCCUACACCAUCUGGGAGGACAAUAUCCUGCUCUUCUUCCUUACCACUUUCGGUGUCUGCGCCGGUGUUUCUUCAAUGCGCCAGAAGCUAACCACAGACCGGGUCUUGGGCGUGUACCAUUCAGUCCUCUUCGUCAUCCUUGGCCGUGUGGCAUCAUUCUCCCGUCUCUGCCGCGAGGAGCAAAUGCCCUUCUGCCGCUCCACAUACUACGCCUCGUCCACCUCCUCAAUCUCUGCCCCCUGGCAACUUGCGAUUCCCUUCCUAGUCACUCUCUUCCUUCCCAGCGUCGUGCGCUCCUUCUACGUCGGCUCGAAAUCCUACGAAGGCGCCGCAACCCUCUGGAUCGGCUUCGCCUUCCGCCUAGGUCUCCUCAUCACCUCCAUCUUCUGGAUGCUUGAAGGUGCCGACGACGGCGAAUGGCUGCCCAUUCGCAAAGAAACCCUCAAAUCCGUGCGCACCUUCCUCGCUCAAUUAGUCCUCGCCCUCGCGUUCGGCGCCGGCACAGCGGCCUACUUCUACUCGAAACCCUGUGUCAGUAUCAGCGUCAGCGCACCCCAAGUCACCAAACCCCAAGAGGAUCCAUCCGCGCCCCCCGCGCCCCUAAUUUUCGGCCAACCCGAACCAACACCACGCAAAACAGUCACAAUUCUCGGCUUUGGCAACCUCCACGGCACACGCUUCUUCUUCCUAGUCCUCAAUUUUGCACUCGCUAUCAUCCUUAUGCAGAAACCCAUGGGCCAGGGCGCAAUCGCCCUCCUCCUCUGGCAAAUCCUCUCCCUUCUCGAAAUCCUCGACACAAACGCCCUAACCCUCUCCAACUCUCCUAUCGGCCCUGUUGUCCUCGGCCUCCUAGGCUCAUUCUACUUCUUCAAAACAGGCCACCAGGCCGUUUUAAGUAGCAUCCAAUGGGAAACAGCCUUCAUCCCCCUCUCAACCAUCAAAUACCCCUGGUCCCCCCUCCUCGUCAUCCUCAACACAUUUGGCGCACAAAUCCUAGUCGCUCUCGCCGUCCCACUUACAGUCCUCUGGAAACGGCCCUUGCAAACCCACGACGGCAAGACACAAGGCUCUAAAUCGGCUAAUCCGGCGACGAAGUUGCUUUCGGAUGUCAUGCAGGCUGUUGCUACGCAUAUUCUGUAUCUAGCGACUAUUAAUCUCGCUACGACGAUGUGGGCAGGUCACCUGAGGCGCCAUCUUAUGUUGUAUCGGAUCUUCAGUCCGAGAUUCAUGAUGGGGGCGAUAGUGCUGGGUGUUGUUGAUGUCGUCAUGAUGAUCUUUGCUGUUGCCGGUGUCAGGUGGAGUACAGUUAGUGUUGGGGAGAUUUUUGGAUGGUAG